AUGUCGACUGGAGUCGACAAUCAAAUCCCUAACAGCAAAUCCGACUACAUAGAUUCGGCCACCCGCCACCGCUCCAUCUCCAACAGCGACGGACCUGCUAUAUCGCAGUCUAUUAAGUCCAGUCAAUUCUCCGACAAACAACCCGUCAACAUGGCACAGACCCAGAGAUCGCGUUACUUGAAGACGGGGGCAAUUAUUGCGUUCAUCUUUAUGGUCUUAGUGUGGCUCUCCCCUUCACAGCCGAGCACUUCAAAUCUUACCAACGAGCAACCACCUUCAAGCAGUGACGCGUCCACUUCGAGAGUAUGCACCAAGCCGUUUGAUUCAUCCAAGCCUCUUAUUCAGUACGCUCUCAUGAUUGACGCCGGCAGCACUGGGUCCCGAAUUCAUGUAUACCGAUUCAACAACUGCGGCCCUACCCCAGAACUUGAGAAUGAAGUGUUCGAACAAACGAAAAAGAAGGAGGGAGGCUCCUCCGGUCUCAGCUCUUUUGGAGAGGAUGCCGAGGGUGCAGCUCUGAGUCUGGACCCUCUUAUGGAGGUCGCUGUGAAGUCGGUCCCCGAGGAGUACAGGUCGUGCUCUCCGGUUGCCGUCAAGGCCACGGCCGGACUUCGUCUUCUAGGUCCUGAAGAGAGCGACAAGAUCUUGGAAGCCGUUAGACACCGUCUAGAGACUGUUUACCCCUUCCCCGUUGUCUCCAAGGAGAGAGGUGGUGUCGAGAUCAUGGAUGGUUCAAAGGAAGGUGUCUACGCUUGGAUUACAACCAACUACCUGCUGGGCAAGAUUGGUGGCCCGGAUGAGACUCCUACGGCCGCUGUCUUUGAUCUGGGUGGCGGUUCCACUCAGAUUGUCUUCGAACCCACAUUCGAGCAGAGCAAGGCUGGUGGUAUGCCGGAGCGUCUUGCUCCCGGUGACCACAAGUAUGACCUCAACUUUGGUGGCCGCCAUUUCGAGCUGUACCAACACUCUCAUCUAGGAUACGGUCUCAUGUCUGCUCGCACGGCCAUAAACACCGUGGUCGUGGAGGCGAUGCUAGCUCAGAGCCCCAAGGACCUUUCCUGGGUUAAGCAGCCUAUCUCCAACCCCUGCAUUGGCACAGGAAUGACCAAGACAGUAAAGCUGAAGUUCCCCGCUGAUCAUCCGCUGGGGCCUGAAGUCGAAGUGAGCAUGGUUGGCCCGAAGGACAAGUCUAUGACCCCCCAGUGCCGUGCUAUCGCCGAGAAGAUCCUGAAGAAGAGCGGCGAGUGUAAGCUUGCACCCUGUUCUUUCAACGGUGUGCACCAGCCAUCUCUCGCAAAGACUUUCGCUCGAGAGGACUUGUACAUCUUCUCUUAUUUCUUCGACCGCACGGCUCCACUUGGCAUGCCGGAAUCUUUCACUCUGAAUGAGCUUAACCAGCUGACCUCCACCGUUUGUGCUGGUGAGAGUGAAUGGAAGGCGUUCGAAAGUGUUAAGUUCGAGGGUGAGGAUAAUGCGCUUGCACAGCUUCGGGAUCGUCCGGAAUGGUGUAUGGACCUUAGCUUCAUGACGGUUCUGCUGCACACCGGUUACGAAAUUCCCUUGUCCCGCGAGGUCAAGAUAGCCAAGAAGAUCAAAAACAACGAGCUGGGUUGGUGUCUUGGUGCGAGCUUGCCUCUUCUGAGCCAGGAAUCCGGCUGGACUUGCCGCAUCAAGGAAGUGGCCUAA